AUGUUUGCUGAAAUGACGAGCAGCUUCGAUGAAAAUGACUCUGCAACUUCAUGUAGCUUGUCUGAAUUAUCCAGCUCAUCAUCUUUGUCAGACAGAGCCUGUGUUCACUGGGGUUGUGUACUCAGUGGCUCUAAAACCACAGCUGUCUUUAAAGCAGAAAAUGAUCUUCUGGAGAACCAGUUUUUCAUCAAAACGAUAUGUCUUAGUGAGGAUGCAGGUGAUGAGAUGCAUAUAGUGGCUGUCUGUGAUGGUGUUGGUGCUUCCAAACCAUUGCCCAUUGCCUCCCUCCGCCACUGUAUGCCAAUGAUCAGUUUUCCAGGCUUGGAGCUUAUACCCCCUGUUACCUUUAAACUGUGCUCUGGUAAAGGGCCUGUGUUUGUCUCUGCUCAGCAUAUAACAUUGAAUCCUAUUGAAAUGAUUGAGCAGGAAGAAGAAGAGGAGGAGGAAGAGGACGAUGAAGAUGGUUAAAAUGGCAAUCUUGAAAGCC